CAGCUCCCUUUUCCUGCUACGAAGCUAGAUAAACAAACAAAAGCAAUACAUUAAUUUAAUAUAUUAACGAGUCUGAGGUAAUUUUAUAUUCCUCCUAUGUAAAGAUAUGUCUACCAGGAACUCUAUGUUUUCAUGAAUCCUCUACAAGUGAAGGCUAAUACAGGUUAGCAUUGGUUUGAGCUGUCUGUCAGUAGUUAGCUUCGUUAGCUUGUGAUGUUUGUUUUACGUCUGGGAAGAAGCGACAUGAAGAAGAUGAAGAAGCAGUGUUAGCAUCUGCUGCACAACUGAAGAUUGUCAGGUUGUGGGAACCUUGGCGCAGGUUUUAACCCGAAGUGCUCUCCUUUCAUCUGGUCAUCAUGGCGUGGGCUCUGAAGCUUCCUCUCACGGACGAGGUGAUCGAGUCUGGUUUGGUGCAGGAUUUUGAUGCCAGUCUGUCGGGCAUCGGGCAGGAGCUCGGGGCGGGGGCGUACAGCAUGAGCGAUGUCCUCGCCCUCCCCAUCUUCAAACAGGAAGAGUCCAUCCUUCCUCCGGACAACGAGAACAAGAUCCUCCCCUUUCAGUACGUUUUGUGUGCAGCUACCUCGCCCGCCGUCAAACUGCACGAUGAAACCCUCACCUACCUCAACCAAGGGCAGUCCUAUGAAAUAAGAAUGCUUGACAAUCGGAAAAUUGGGGAACUUCCGGAAAUCACUGACAAAAUGGUUAAGAGCAUCCUCCGGGUGGUGUUUCAUGACCGCCGGCUGCAGUACACGGAGCACCAGCAGCUGGAGGGCUGGCGCUGGAACCGACCCGGGGACCGCAUCCUGGACCUGGAUAUCCCCAUGUCCGUCGGCAUUAUCGACCCCCGAGCAAACCCGACUCAGCUCAACACUGUGGAGUUCCUCUGGGACCCGUCGAAAAGAACCUCAGUUUUUAUCCAGGUACACUGCAUAAGCACAGAAUUCACGAUGCGUAAACACGGAGGAGAGAAAGGCGUUCCUUUCCGGAUCCAGAUCGACACGUUUAAGGAGAACGAGAACGAAGAGUACACCGAACACCUGCACUCUGCGUCCUGCCAGGUCAAGGUCUUCAAGCCUAAAGGAGCCGACAGGAAGCAGAAGACGGACCGAGAGAAGAUGGAGAAGAGAGCGCCGCAGGAGAAAGAAAAAUACCAACCAUCGUAUGAAACGACUAUCCUGACAGAGUGCUGCCCCUGGCCGGAGGUUUCGUACGUCAGUAACUCUCCGUCUCCGGGAUUCAACACCUCGCACAACAGCUUCCCCGUCGCUGAAGGAAAUGGUUCCCCGACCCACCUGCCCGAGCCGGUCGUACAGGUCGCUGAUGUAAGCGCACCUCCCUCUACACUCGAGUUGUUUCCUCCCCCGCAGAAUCUGUUACCCACGGCAACGCCACAGGACGCUCAACAAUGGCUUCUAAGAAACCGCUUCUCUCCUUUCUGUCGGCUCUUCACCAACUUCUCAGGAGCCGACCUGCUGAAGCUGACCAGAGAGGAUGUGAUCCAGAUCUGUGGACCGGCUGAUGGGAUCCGACUCUUCAACGCUCUGAAGGGACGGGUGGUGCGUCCCAGGCUGACGGUGUACGUCUGUCAGGAGUCUCAGCAGGCCAGAGAGCAGCAGCCCAAACAUGAGAACGGAGACGCUGCUGCUAACACUUUCUUUGUAUAUCACGCUAUUUACCUGGAGGAGCUCACUUCCUCGGAGCUGACGGAGAAGAUCGCUCAGCUGUUCAACAUCUCGCCACGACAAAUAAAUCAGAUCUUCAAACAGGGACCCACCGGCAUCCACGUGCUGGUCAGCGACGAGAUGAUUCAGAACUUCCAGGAUGAAGUCUGUUUUGUUCUGGACACCAUGAAAGAUGACUCGAAUGACGGAUACCACAUCAUCCUGAAGUGAAGGCAGGAGCUGUUUAAUCCCGAAUUAAAGAUGAAUCCUUCACAUUCCUCGACGCUCCUGGAAUAUAACGUCUGUCUGCCAGCUCAUUUGAGUCCUGUUGUGAACCCGAAAAUGUAUAAUACGGGUCCUCGGCACAUAGAAACUGCCGGAUGCUAACCUGCAUAUGUUCAGCAAUUAGCAUAAGUUGUGUUAAUUAGCAUAUACAGAUAGUAGUUGAUUUUGGACCGUUUUUGAGUGUUUUUGGAGGUUAUGAGUAUGUUGGACCAGUUUUUGACAUUUUUUAGGAUCAUAAAUGGCAGUUUUAACCAGAAAGUGGCCAUAUUUGUACUUCGGAAAGGACUGAUUUGAUGAAUUUUGGGUCGAUUUUAUCAUUAUAGGGGACUCAUAACUGACAUUUUUGAUGCUACAAGGGUCAGGAAUUUAUUCAACAUCCUCAAUAUACCUUGAACAAAAUUGUCCAAAUCAACCAAGCCAUUAUUGUUUAGCUAUUGUCUGCAACUUAUCCUAAUUGUGCAAAUUGCCCAACAUAUGCAGGUUAGCAUCCGGCAGGUUCUACGUGCUGGGGAUCCGUACUGUACAUUUUCUAACAUAGAACGUUGUUGUACUCGACAAGUGCUGGCAAGUAGACGAAUAAGUGGAGGACGCCUCGACAUCUGAAGCCCCGCCCUCUCCUCACUUUACCUUACCGUCUGACUCCUGAGGUAGUGACUGUGCCGUGAUCUCCUCCUCACACUUUCUCACCUUUUCUCCUUUUCUUCUCGCUUCUUGUAAUGAACGAGGUUAGCGGCACUACAGCUGCUGAAAUCAACGUGAGCCGAGCAUCUGGUGUGCCAAACUUCAAACAACCAAAAUAUGGAAAAAAGCAAACCUCUGUUAUAGCUGAUUUCUGAUGCCAGUCUGCAGGAAACAUGGUCACACAAUCACAUAAAGGACGUUAAGGGAAGCUGAUGCUAACAAAGUAUUUCCUUGGUUUUAACUGGAGGAGGAAAAUACUCUUUCCAGACUCCUAAACACUCAUAGGUCUUUGUAAUUAGAGUGGAGCGCCCACAGGGUCUCCUGGUUGCUACUUAUGAACUCUGAAUGAUGAUGAAACACCGUCUGUUUGAGUGAUCACCUGCAUGUGUUACCUAUAGAGUGGUGCAGAGAUGUCUGUUGGACCCUGAAGGCAGCAUCUCCCUGGUUCAGUGGAAUUUUGGAUUAUUGCAGUAAAUAAUCUCUGUGUCAAACAAA